AUGGGCGUGUGUAACCCUGGGGAUUUCCGGUGGUGUCCUGAAAAGACAUUAAUCGGGUCGCAAUCGACCACAUCCAUCCUUUUCAAUGCAUACAAUAAAUUAUUUAUAUUACUUCUCAUUCUCCUAAAUACGAGUGGUAAUUCCAUUCAACCAGGUCAAGAUGCAACACACAUCACAGCAAUUCUUGGCGAGAGUGUCAUCUUCAAUUGUCACGUCGAAUUUCCCGGCGAUCAUCCAGUUCCCUAUGUCUUACAAUGGGAGAAGAAGGUGAGCGAAACGGGACAAGAGACACCAAUCUACAUUUGGUAUGAAAGUUAUCCAACGCACAGUGGCGAGGGCUAUGAGGGACGUGUUUCACGUGUCUCUCCCGACUCACCAUUUGGAGCGGCAUCGCUUAAUUUAACAAAUAUUAAGGAAUCAGAUCAGGGAUGGUAUGAAUGUAAAGUUGUAUUCCUCAAUCGCUCACCAAAUCAUCAUAAAAAUGGCACAUGGUUUCAUCUCGAUGUACAUGCGCCACCUAGGUUUAGUGUUACGCCCGAGGACAUAAUCUAUGUUAAUUUAGGUGAUUCAAUUAUAUUAAACUGCCAAGCGGAUGGCACACCAACGCCAGAAAUAUUGUGGUAUAAAGAUGCAAAUCCUGUUGAGCCAUCUUCGACAGUCGGCAUAUUCAAUGAUGGCACAGAGUUACGAAUUUCAACAAUACGUCAUGAUGAUAUUGGCGAUUAUACGUGCAUAGCGCGAAAUGGAGAGGGACAAGUGUCGCAUACGGCACGCGUUAUUAUUGCCGGUGGUGCUGUAAUUAUGGUGCCGCCCAUAAAUCAAACAAAAUUGGAAGGUGAAAAGGUACAAUUUACGUGUGAAGCAAAGGCGAUGCCAGGCAAUGUUACUGUGCGCUGGUUUCGUGAGGGCGCACCAGUACGUGAAGUUGCUGCACUCGAGACACGCGUCACGAUACGAAAAGAUGGUACACUCAUUAUUAAUCCUGUUAGUGCAGAUGAUAGCGGUUGGUAUACAUGCGAAGUGUCUAAUGGAAUUGGCGAUGCACAAAGUGCUGCUGCCUUCUUGAAUGUAGAAUAUCCCGCCAAAGUGACCUUUACACCCACAAUACAAUAUUUACCAUUCCGUUUAGCUGGUGUUGUACAAUGCUAUAUAAAAGCAAAUCCACCACUUCAAUACGUGACGUGGACGAAAGAUAAACGCUUAUUGGAACCAUAUCAGACUAAAGAUAUUGUCAUUAUGAACAAUGGUUCAUUGCUCUUUACACGUGUUAAUCAAAAUCAUCAGGGUCGUUAUACAUGCACGCCAUACAAUGCUCAAGGCACACAAGGCUCAUCAGGUCAAAUGGAAGUGUUAGUACGUAAGCCACCAUCGUUCAUCAUUGAGCCAGAUCCACUUUAUCAACGUAAAGUGGGCGAGUCUGUUGAGAUGAAUUGUGAUGCAUUAGAAGCGGAAGGAACGACUAAACCAACAAUUACAUGGCAGAGACGUGAUGGCCAGUCAUUCCAACGAAAUCGUGUGAAAGUGUUAAAUGGAAAUUUAACAAUGGAAAAUUUGAGACGUUCCGAUUUUGGCUAUUACGAAUGUGUUGCAUCGAAUGAGGUUGCAACAAUAAUAUCAUCGACACAGCUUAUUAUUGAAGGUACACAGCCGCAUGCACCAUAUAAUUUAACAGCCACUGCAACAGAAUUUUCUGUAACAUUAUCAUGGAUGCCUGGAUAUUCAGGUGGUCCUGAUUACAAGCAAGACUAUGUUAUUUGGUAUCGAGAGGCUGGCAUUUCUGAAUGGUCAAAAAUUCCAGUCACACCGUCCGGUAGCACACAAGUGUCGAUUAAUCGAUUGUCACCGGGAACAACGUAUGAGUUCCAGGUUGUAGGAAACAAUCAACUUGGUGAAGGAAUGAUGAGUAAAGUGAUGACUAUUCGGACGCUAGAUUCGGGACGACCAAGUAAUAUAAAGUCCACUGCCGCAGCUCCAGUUACAACGACAAUUCCGACAACAACUACUCAUAAUCCAGCGAUAUUUCCCGAAAGUCCUGAUGAAUUAGGACCGAAACCAGGUCAACCGCGAAAUUUAACAGUGACAGAAAUACCGAAUGGAUUUCUCAUCUCAUGGCAGGUGCCACUGGAGCGUGCACACUUAGUUCAAUUCUAUACAAUUAAAUAUCGUACCGAUGCAUCAUGGAAGACACUCAAUCGUGGUCAAAUUCGACCGGAAGAGACGUCAUAUUUAGUGAAAAAUUUAGUAGGUGGACGCACAUAUUAUUUUCGUGUAAUAGCAAAUUCAUUAAAGAACUUUGAAUCGAGCGACGAGGUUAAAUUCCCAGUUCCAGCGCGUGUUAAGCAUAAAGCAAUAACAGCUGGCGUUGUUGGUGGUAUAUUAUUCUUUAUUGUUGCCAUUAUUUUAUCGAUAUGUGCUGUUAAAAUAUGCAAUAAACGCAAGCGACGAAAGCAGGAAAAGGAAAUUAUUCGCUUGCAGAACUCCACAUGGUAA